UUAUAUAUAUUGAAAGUGAUUCUUCGUUAAGCUAUUGUCGGUACUGUUUAUAUUUUAUAAAGUAUAUAUUUUUUGGUGGUAAAUAAACUCAUGUGAUCUAAAAGCUCCCUGGUCUUUCUCUAUACCCUUUUUACCAUCUGGUAUCAAUUUGAUCAUAAUCAAAGAGUCGUAUAGACUGAAUUCCUUUUUCUAUAAUUACAUUAAAAAAAUAUAAAAAUGGCACUAGAUAUUGACACUGACUAAUAAUAAAGAUUUAGAUAACCCAAUAAUAAUAAUAAGAAAAAUAACCAAGAUUUGGCUGUAUGGCUUAGUUCCUUCGCCUGUCUUAUGGACGAAACUACUACUACUGUACUGACACUGAACAUUGACUGACAUUUUAAGACAAAAUUUAAAAAAUAAAUAGUUUAUGUUGUUACCACAUAUUUAAAAUGACAAUUUAUAGAAUAGUUAUGUUUCCCAACCUAAUUUUUCAAUGUGCUCACACAAAUCCAGUGAUCCCUAUGAAAAUAAACGUUUCACAUUUAAACAAGUGCAGAUUUUUAACUACUGGUCGUACAAAACAAAAUAAAGCUUUAAAAACUGAAAAGGAGAAACUGCGAAUAUUUGUAGUCCAAAGAUACAUAGAUUAUGUUAAAAAUUAUACAAAUGUACUGGAGGCCAGAUUUCCUACCGCCAUGAGAAUGUAUAGAGUAUUUAGUAUCGGCAUUAAAGAUUUCCUAAAAGACUUGAAGAAAUACAUAUCUUUAAGAUUAAGAGUGACUAAAGACCAAGGUUUUAUGAAUAUGAGUCGUCAAGAAAUCGAGCUCUAUCAAAAGAUGCCAGCAGAUAUGUUGAGGAUAGCUCCUGUUUUGAUCUUAUCAGCAAUCCCCUUUGGAAACUAUGUGAUAUUUCCUUUAGCAUUUCUGAAGCCAAAAUCUCUUCUAUGUUCUCACUUCUGGUCAAUCCAACAAAGGAUAGAAUUCUCUCAACAAGAUUUAACUGAAAAGUUAAAGCAUAAUAAACCAGUAUUUAGAGCGCUGCAAGCAAAAUUAGAUCAAAUACCUGAUAGUUAUAUGAAACAGGAGUGGAAAAGAAUUUUAGCCUUAUUAGGCUCUGGAGUCCAUCCAUCACCAGAAGAUAUAUUGGAAUGUAAAGAGCUAUUCGUAGAUGGACCAUAUAAUUUGAAUUGUUUAUCCUAUAAUCAUUUGGGACAUUUACUGAAAAUGCAUGGUCUAAAGAAAACUAUAUUCAGAGUGAACAAAUUAAAAUAUAGAGCAUUUCUUCUAUUAGAAAUGGAUAAAGCUAUAAUUAGGGAAGGUGGCCUUGAUAAUUUAAACACUGAAACUUUAAGAUACACAUGUUACUUAAGAGGAUUAAAUGGCAGCCAUCUCACAAAUAAUGAUAUGAGGGAAUGGUUACAAAACUGGUUAUUUAUAUCAGAAAAAUUAGAUAAAAAUUCUUAUUCGUUGUUAUUGCAUUGCCCAGUACUGUUAGCAUAUAAUCACCCACAAAAUUGGGUGCUAAUAUACUAGAUCUUUAACAAUUAUGUUUGGUUAAUUAUUGUAUACAAAAAUGUGUGUUACCAAAUUUAUUUUAUCUAAAAGUUUUAUAUGUUAUUAAUGUCUUGGUAGUCAUUCUGUUGCACAAACUAGACAAAAAUUUGGUUUUAGCAUAAUUAUUAUUUAUUUUACUGCAGAAUAACGUUAAAUAAAGCAUUUUUUGUUUAGUUUGUACAACAUCAUUGCACUAAUAAUUUUCUUAAGGUGAAGCGUCACUGUAUUACUUUUUGAGUUGUUAAUGUUAUUUUGUGUUUAGUAAUUUUUUAGUAAGUUGUGUUUAGUAAAUAAAAAAGGAUGUUUCGAAAAAUUGUAAUUAAUAUUUAAUUUAGACAAAAGAAAUCAUUUGAAAUAUAAAAAUGAAAUAAAAAUUGUGUAUGAACUAAUAAUGUUGCAAAAGGUAUAAAAUAACAAUGACAUUUUGAUUCAAAUUAUAAAACUAGCGAAAUCUCUUGACAUUCAUGUCUAAAAAAAACAUGACAAAUGGUUCCAGAAGCAACAGCUUUUCAUUUUGAAUUAACUUAAUUUUAUGACUUUAAUAAUUUUAUUAUUAUUUAUGGAAUAUUGUGAUGUUUUAUUGUAAAAUAUUGCUGGAAGCUAGUCGUAGCUCUGAGAAAUGGGUCUUUUUUGUUUCGUUGAUUAGAGUCACGUUUAUUAGAAUAUAUUUUACUUCUUGUUAUUGUUAAAGCUUUAUAUUAUUGAACCAUUAGCAUUUAGAUUUUUAUACAAAAAAAAAACAAUGUUACAAUGUGAAUGAAAAAAUUAUAUUAUAUAGGUAUUUUUAACUGUUCAGAAGCCCUAGUUUAAAACAGUAACUUUUGUAUGAAUGGAGACUAUUUUAUAAUUUAUUAAUUUUUUAAUGCUCCUUUUCAGAUGGACAUAGAAGAGUGUAGUCUUCGUCGACAAAAUUUAACAUCCAAUUAAAAUUUAAUUUAAUUUAGCACUCGGGUAACCGAUCCGUAACACUUAGGU